AAUGUCCCUUUCAGCAAAGGGGGAUCGCUGUCCUCCGAGUGCCCCCGACUCACAGCCGCCCCGUGCGCCACUCCCUGGUUCUUCCGCUGCCCCGCGCCGGCUCUACACACCGAAGCCUUGACGCUGAGCCCGCCUGGCGCUAACUAAUGUUUAACUCGGGCCGAAACUUGGCGGCGAGCGCAGGGUGACUGCGUACAGAGCAGCGGCGCAGGACGUCCGUCUCUGCGCGCGGUAAUUUGUGCUUGCGCUCAAGCCUCAGAGCUCAGUUCAGAGGAGCCGCCCGACCAUGAAGACACCGUGGAAGGUUCUCCUGGGACUGCUUGGUGUAGCUGCGCUUGUCACCGUCAUCACUGUGCCACUGGUUCUGCUGAACAAAGAUGAUGCAGCAGCUGAUAGCCGCAGAACUUAUUCACUAGCUGAUUAUUUAAAGAAUACUUUUAGAGUCAAGUCCUACACCUUGCGAUGGGUGUCAGAUUAUGAAUACCUCUACAAACAAGAAAACAAUCUCUUGCUAUUCAAUGCUGAACACGGAAACAGCUCCAUUUUCUUGGAGAACAGCACCUUUGAAGCCUUUGGAGAGUCUAUAAGUGAUUAUUCGGUGUCACCCGAUGGACGGUUUGUUCUCUUAGAAUACAACUAUGUGAAGCAAUGGAGGCACUCCUACACAGCUUCAUACAGUGUUUAUGACCUGAACACAAGAAAGCUGAUCACAGAGGAAAAGAUUCCAAAUAAUACACAGUGGAUCACAUGGUCACCAGAAGGUCAUAAAUUGGCAUAUGUUUGGAAGAAUGAUAUUUACGUUAAAAUUGAACCAAAUUCACCUAGUCAGAGGAUCACAUGGACAGGAGAAGACGGUGCAAUAUGUAAUGGGAUAGCUGACUGGGUUUAUGAAGAGGAAAUCUUCGGUGCCUACUCAGCGCUGUGGUGGUCUCCAAACAGUACUUUUUUAGCAUAUGCCCAGUUUAACGACACCGGAGUCCCACACAUUGAAUACUCUUUCUACUCCGAUGAGUCAUUGCAGUACCCGAGGACAGUGUGGAUUCCAUAUCCAAAGGCAGGAGCCGUGAAUCCAACUGUGAAGUUCUUUAUUGUAAAUACAGACUCCCUCAGCUCAACCACUAGUGCAGUUCCCAUCGAAGUCACCGCUCCCGAAUCCGUGGCAACAGUGGAUCACUAUUUGUGUGAUGUGGUGUGGGUUACAGAAGAAAGAAUCUCUUUGCAGUGGCUCAGGAGGAUUCAGAACUAUUCUGUGAUGGCUGUCUGUGACUAUAAUAAGACCAACCAAGCAUGGAACUGCCCCUUGGCACAGCAUCAUGUUGAAAUGAGCACUACGGGCUGGGUCGGAAGAUUUAGGCCUGCAGAGCCCCAUUUCACUUCUGACGGUGGCAGUUUCUAUAAGAUCAUCAGCGACAAAGAUGGCUACAGACAUAUCUGCUACUUCCCUAAAGAUAAGAAUCCCAAUCAGGACUGUACAUUUAUUACAAAAGGAGCCUGGGAAGUCAUUGGGAUCGAAGCUCUGACCAGCGAUUAUCUAUACUACAUUAGUAACGAACAUAAAGACAUGCCAGGAGGAAGAAAUCUGUAUCAAAUUCAACUUACUGACUACACCAAUGUGAAGUGCCUUAGUUGUGACCUGGAUGCAGAAAGAUGUCAGUAUUAUUCGGUGUCAUUUAGCAAAGAGGCAAAAUUCUAUCUGCUGAGAUGUUUGGGCCCCGGUCUGCCCCGCUAUUCUCUGCAUCGCAGCGCUGAUCACAAAGAGCUACGAGUCCUGGAAGACAAUUCUGCUUUGGAUAAAAUGUUGCAGGAUGUCCAAAUGCCUUCAAAAAAAUUGGACUUCAUUGUUUUGAAUGGAACAAGAUUUUGGUAUCAAAUGAUCUUGCCUCCCCACUUUGAUAAAUCCAAGAAAUAUCCUCUACUCUUAGACGUAUAUGCAGGUCCCUGUAGUCAAAAAGCAGAUGCCGCCUUCAGACUCAACUGGGCCACUUACCUUGCAAGUACAGAAAACAUCAUAGUAGCUAGCUUUGAUGGCAGAGGAAGUGGUUACCAAGGAGAUAAGAUCAUGCACGCAAUCAACAGAAGACUGGGAACACUAGAAGUUGAAGAUCAAAUUGAAGCAGCUAGACAAUUUUUAAAAAUGGGAUUUGUGGACAGCAAACGGAUUGCAAUUUGGGGCUGGUCAUAUGGAGGGUAUGUAACCUCAAUGGUCCUGGGAUCGGGAAGUGGCGUGUUCAAGUGCGGAAUAGCUGUGGCACCUGUGUCACGGUGGGAGUAUUAUGACUCAGUGUAUACAGAGCGCUACAUGGGUCUCCCAACUCCAGAAGACAACCUUGCCCAUUACAGGAAUUCAACAGUCAUGAGCAGAGCUGAAAAUUUUAAACAAGUUGAGUACCUCCUUAUUCAUGGAACAGCAGAUGAUAAUGUUCACUUCCAGCAGUCAGCUCAGAUCUCCAAAGCCCUGGUGGAUGCUGGCGUGGAUUUCCAAGCAAUGUGGUAUACGGAUGAAGACCAUGGGAUCGCUAGCAGCAUGGCUCACCAGCAUAUCUAUACCCACAUGAGCCAUUUCCUCCAACAGUGCUUCUCCUUAUAGUAGCACAGCAAGGCUCCCGUAGCUUAUUUAAAAACACAUUUGUUCUCAUUAUCUCAAAACUGCACUGUCAAGAUGACGAUCUUAAUAACGCUCUCAUCGAGAAAUUUCAGGCUACUUUCCAGUUUCAUACCUGCAGUCCCAAGUAAGAAUGUCUGUCUUCACAACAGAUUAUUACCUUACAGCAAUUUGGAUUUUUCACUCUGUUUUGUUUAUCAUUUAAAAUUAUUUCCACAUCAGCUGCUGAAACAACAAAUAUAAAUUAUUUUUACAAGAGUUCUGCAUAGAUUUCCUGAGAAGAAUUUCUUUUUUUUUUCUUACUAGACUAGUCCAAAUCUUGUUCUCUUAUUUAAGGGGAUGACAAGAUGUGGGCAAUGAUGUCAUUAGGGCAGCAAGGAGAGAAGCGGGGACAGGGAGAGGAGAUCACAGAGUAUGACUAGAAACCCAGGUCCAAGCACACCAACCCAAUCAGGCUACUGUCAGCUCGCCUUGAGAAGUGCUGUUCACUGCCAGACUGGCACAGUUUUCUGAGAAAGACUAUUCAAACAGUCUCAGGAAAUCAUAUAUGCAAAGCACUGACUUCUCAGUAAAACCACAGCAGUUGAAUAGACUCCAAAGAAAUGCAAGGGAAACUGCCAGCAAUGUAAGGGCCCCAGGUGCCAGUUAUGGCUAUAGGUGCUACACAAACACAGUCAGGGUGAUGGGAAAGCAUUGCAAAUGUGCUUUUAAAAAAUCACCGAUGUUUCCGAGUGAGAAGAGGCAGCUUGGAACAUAUCGACUUGCCCUGUUAAAAGUUGAAAAUAUUUGUGUCACAAAUUCUAACAUGAAGGAAUACUUGCAUCAGUUCUUACUUCAUUUCCUUGAGCAUGUUAAUUAAAAUAUUUUAACCUCA